GAUCAAAGAGAGACACACACCACACUCACAACACAACACAACUCUCACAUUUCUCUUCUUUGUCUUGUUCUUGUUUUGUGCGUAAUUUUCACAUUCAUUCAUCGCUCUCUUCCUCAAAACCUCUUUCUCUUUCAAAUUAGGGUUUCAAAUUCUUCCAUUUCCUCCAAAUUCAAUAUCCAAUUCGAUUUCCUCACCCCUUCAAUCCCCACUCUCCAAUCGAUUAAUUCCAUCUGCACCGAUUUCAGCUUGAUUGGUGUUUACGAGUGUUGAAAUCGACGAUGAAAGAGUGUUCAGUAGUUUCUGGGAGCUACUAUGAAGAUUAAAGUUUGAACCUUUUUGCUAUGAUAUUUAGUUUUUGAUUGAUUUGGGAUUUUGGGAUUUUUUGAUUUUGAUUUUUGAGGGGAGUGGAUUUGAUUAGAGAAAAAGGGUUAUGGAGAAUGGUUACGAUGGGAAAUUGGCUGACAAAUUUUCAGGAUUGGGUAUUAACAAUCAGAACGGUCAACAACAACAAACACAACAACAUGUGCAUGAUGAUCAUCAACCUGAUAACAACAACACCAAUAAUGAUAACUUGUUUCAGGUUAUGAAAGCUGUUGAAGCUGCUGAAGCCACCAUUAAGCAACAGGUAGAAGAGAAUAACCGGCUUAGGUCCGAGCUUCUGGGUAAAAUUCAGGAACUGGAAAAAUAUAGGUUAUAUGAACCACUGGAUAAAAAAUCAAGUCCAGUUGCUCCGUGGAAGGAACCGGGUCAUGGAACUUAUGAAGCUCGUCAGUCAUUUCCAUCAUCAGGCAAUCAUUUUGAGAAUAGUCAAAUAAAUGGAACACUGAGAGUACAUCCAAAUGAUCAGCUGCCUGUGGAUAAUGUUGGCCACUCUCAGUUGUCUUCACCAUUUAUGAGGUCAAUCUCUCCAAGCAUGCAUCUACCAGAAGGAGAUCAUGAUUCUCGAUUUAGUUCACCCCGGCAAGGCUUGAUGGCAAUGCCCGAAACAAAUAAUUCUAAUUCCUUACUGAAGCAGGAUCUGGCCAUUAAGGCCCGGGAACACGAAGAAGAGAUCAUUCUAUUAAGGAAACAUCUAGCAGAUUAUUCUGCUAAGGAAUCACAAAUACGCAAUGAAAAGUAUGUCUUGGAAAAGCGCAUAGCAUAUAUGCGUCUGGCCUUUGAUCAACAACAACAAGACCUUGUAGAUGCCGCAUCAAAGGCUUUAUCAUACCGACAAGACAUAAUUGAAGAAAAUAUACGUCUUACCUAUGCAUUACAGGAUGCACAGCAAGAAAGGUCAACAUUUGUUUCAUCGCUGCUGCCUCUUCUUGCAGAAUACUCCCUGCAGCCACCUGUUCCUGAUGCCCAGUCCAUUGUUAGCAAUGUCAAGGUUUUGUUUAAACAUUUGCAAGAAAAACUUUAUCGCACUGAGUCGAAGCUAAAGGAGUCACAGUAUCAAAUGACACCUUGGCGUUCAGAUAUGAAUCAUACAAAUGUUGCUACACAAUCACCAUUGAACUCCAUUGGUGCACCUUUGGCAACUUCGAAUAAAAAUAGUCUUGAACUGGUACCUCAGCAUAGGUACUCUCAAGUUAUGACUCAGGCCCCUGUUGAUCCUCAGGCAGGCACUGGUUGGGAUGUGAUGGGUCGCUACCAGAGUGGCAUAGGUGGUGGGCUGGCAGCGAAUGUUGAUGCUGAUGACUUGGGGAGAUAUUCACCUCUUGGAAGCAGGAAUUCUUUAGCCCAUGAUGUACCCAAUCACCAGGUAGUUACUCAGGGUGACACUCCGCAUGAAUACUAUGGAGAGAUGUCUAACAAACAAGUCAAAUUUCGUGACCCUGUCAGCAACAAUGAAGUGGAUGAUCCAGAGGGUGAUGGGGACCAUAGCGAGAGAGAGACACCUGCUAACUGGAGUUCUGACAACCCUCCUUAUAAUACUACUGUUGAUGAUCCCAGUUCCUCAUAUUCUCCUUAUUUACCACCAGUUCUCGAAGAACCUUCUUCUUCGUUUUCUGAAGCUGCAGAUGAUGAUCCAUUACCAGCUAUAGAGGGCCUUCAAAUUUCAGGAGAUCCCUUUCCAGGAAGGGAACUUCAGGCAUGUGGAUACUCCAUCCACGGAACCACUAGUUGUAACUUUGAGUGGAUUCGGCACCUGGAUGAUGGUUCCUUUAAUUAUAUUGAAGGGGCAAAGCAACCAAACUAUCUUAUCAGUGCUGAUGAUGUUGACACAUUACUUGCCAUUGAAGUCCAGCCUCUGGAUAACAGGAAGCGCAAGGGGGAACCCGUGCAAGUUUUUGCGAAUGAUAACAAGAAGAUCACUUGUGAACCUGAAAUGCAGAGCCAUAUAGAGAAGAGUUUUCACAGCGGACAUGCUUCAUAUAAAGUUUCUCUUUCGACCGGAUAUCUUGAUAUAUGGGAACCAGCAACAUUGGCCAUUAAGAAAGAAGGUUACAGUAUCAAAUGCAGCGGACCAAAUGGAGUUGUAAUCACAGAAAAAUUUUCUCCAUCGACCAAUGUUAUGAUUCCAUAUGGUCAUAUUUCAGAAUUUGUUAUAAUUGGCUCCACUGGUGCUGAACAUCUGUUAAGAGCAGAGAACAGCCCAACAGAUGUUAGUGGUCAUAGAGACACCAUUGUGCUCACAUUGAGAUUAUUCAUCCGAAGGGCAGGGGACAGAAAGAGGGGAAGGAGGAAGGGAUUAUUCUUCAACAAGUAAGGGAAAGUCACUAAUUGGCAGAACUUCUCUGCUAUAAGUGAAAUUUGCUGAUCAUAGAUGGGGACUGGGAGCUGUGUUUUGUGUGCUACAUAAAUUUUUGCUCGUUUCAUAUAUUCUACCAUAGGGCAGAAUUAGCUUGAGAUGUAAUUGUGAUUCUAUAUGCUAUCAUUUCUUUUUCUUUUUAAAAAUAUUUAAUGAUUAUUUUUAGCCAUUUUCUUAUGUGACUUGACCUGGAAAUUACCCCGUAUAUUGGCUAGGGUUAAAACCUGAUCCAAAUAGCAAAGAACCGACUUAACCGAUACUUAAGGAGGUAAUGAAUACUUUUUUUUUUUUUACAAGUUAGUCUAGGGAGAUUUUGAAAUGUGUGAAUCAUGCUGCUAUAAAAUUCAAAACUUUAUUAUUGAAUAA